AUUGUUUGUGUAAAUAGCUGAGGGAAUUUGUUUACUUAAACGUCUCUACCAAGAGAAACAAUUCUCAUGUGGGUAUAUGACGAAGAUGAAUCAACAAUUUUUUUAGAUAUUGAACCAUAACAUACAACAUUUACAUUUUAACAAGACAUCCAAAAAUAUAACAUAUUUAAGAAAGUGGGUUAACAUUACACUGAGAACUUUAAAUAAAAUAAAUAUACAAUAGUUUGCUCGAUCUAACGCUGCGCAGAAAGAUGCGCAUGAUAUCACGUCUCGCGAUACUUCGACGUCAUAUGCUGAUCGGUUUGCCCGCACCGCAAAAAGUCGACACCCACUCUCUACUUACGACGAUUUAUGUCACGAAUCUCCGGAUUUACAAUCAUCCUGCUUUUUGUGACUGAACUCAGGUCAGUUUGCGCGGAUUGUUUCAAGCUUUCAGCUUGUUGCUGUGCAGAAUGAGGCGCGUGAGAAGGAGGCGGAGUCUGGAGUCGGUUCCCAUGGCGACCUGCUGCUUGUAAAUAGCGUGUUAUCUUCUCCAUGCGAACUCAAACACAUUCUCACGGGCCGCGUAUCACAUCCGUCCGUCCGUUUCACUCAAUACAACCAGUCCGACAGCUUCGUUUUGUUUUUGUUUCCUUUUAUCCACAGGAAUUUGCGAUUUGGGUCCGGUUUUAUUUUCUAAUUACACGUCAGGAUACGACAUUUCCAGAGAUGGAGAAGUAUGAGAAGAUCAGCAAGAUCGGUGAGGGUUCGUACGGCGUAGUGUUCAAGUGCAGAAAUAAAGACACGGGUCAGAUUGUUGCCAUCAAGAAGUUUGUGGAGUCUGAGGACGACCCCAUCAUUAAGAAAAUAGCACACAGAGAAACCCGUAUGCUAAAGCAAUUGAAGCAUCCAAACCUGGUGAAUCUGAUCGAGGUGUUCAGAAGAAAAAGAAAAUUGCACCUGGUGUUUGAAUACUGCGACCACACUGUUCUCAAUGAGCUGGACAGAUAUCCACGAGGCGUUCCAGAGCACAUGGUGAAAAGUAUCAUUUGGCAAACACUUCAAGCUGUGAACUUUUGCCACAAACAAAACUGUAUACACAGAGAUGUGAAGCCUGAGAAUAUACUCAUCACCAAACAUCAGGUCAUCAAACUCUGCGACUUUGGCUUUGCCAGGAUCCUCACGGGUCCAUGUGAUUACUACACGGAUUAUGUAGCGACACGAUGGUACAGAGCUCCGGAACUGCUAGUCGGAGACACGCAGUACGGCCCACCAGUGGAUGUCUGGGCAGUGGGUUGUGUGUUUGCUGAACUGCUCUCUGGCGCCCCUUUAUGGCCGGGUCAAUCCGACGUAGACCAGCUCUAUCAAAUCAGGAAAACCCUGGGUGAGUUGAUUCCCCGACAUCAGCAGGUGUUUAGCACUAACCAGUUCUUCAGUGGAGUUUGUGUCCCUGAACCACAGGAGAUGGAGCCACUUGAAGAAAAAUAUCCAAACAUCUCUUACCAGGCGCUGAACCUUAUGAAGGGUUGUCUGCAAAUGGAUCCAGCUGAGAGGUUGACCUGCGAGCAGUUACUGGAGCAGCCGUACUUUGACAGUCUGCGAGAGGAAAGCGAGAGCGUGACGCGUGAACUAGACCGCAAGAGACGCCCGCGCCAGCCACGCAAACACCUUCCACCUGGGUAUUUGCCCCAGUUGGCCAGCAGUACUGUCUUUCCUGCUGUGGAGCACAAAAAGUACUACAACAACCUGCGCAAAUUCAACUAUCAUCUGCCCAACAUAUGAUGGAAGCCAACUCUAUAAGAACUAAAAACGAACCGUCCAGCUCUUGGCUGGGGCCUGUAUGUGUGUUUGCAAGAUAGACAAAGGGCUCUGCUCUGCCUGUAGAAAAAUAACGUCACACUGCCAAAGCAAAGACUCGCAGAGGGAUUUCUGAAAAGUAUAAUGAACGACGACAGCAAUAACUUUGAUAUUAAUAUCAACGAAUGUUGUGCUGUGCUCCAUAGUUUGAUUAGAGACUGAGAUCAGUGCUGUAGAAACAUUUGCACUGUAGGAACUUUUUAAACCUUUAUGUAACCUCUAUGUAUGUUUGAAGUGUGUAAAUAGGAAGUUAUAGAGGACACAGUCAUGCACAGACAGAAUCUUUAAUUUUUUUCUUUAGUUGUGCACAACAUUAAAUGUGACACUGGACCACAAAACCAUUUUUUGAAAGCUUUUUUUAUUUUUGGUUAGUUAGGAGGAUAGGACCAUCUUUGGCGAUGAAAACUAUUUGAAAAUCGAAUCUGAGGGUGCUUUAAAGGGAUAGUUCACUUUAAAAUGAAAAUUCUGUCAUCAUUUACUCAUCCUCAUGUUGUUCUAAACCUGUAUGAAUUUCUUUUUUCUGAUGAACACAAAAUAAGAUAUUUUGAGAAAUGAUGGUAAGCACACAGUUGACGGUACCCAUUAAAUUCCAUCAUAUUUUUUUAUUCAUUCUAUGGAAGUCUAUGGUCACUUACUGCUGUGUGUUAUCUCAAAAUAUCUUAUUUUGUGUUCAUCAGAAAAAAGAAAUUCAUACAGGUUUAGAACAACAUGAGGAUGAGUAAAUGAUGACAGAAUUUUCAUUUUAAAGUUUUCAAAAAAAUGCUCAUUUUCCAACUCCCCUAGAGUUAAACAUUUGAUUCUUACUGUUUUGGAAUCCAUUCAGCUGAUCUCCGGGUCUGGCGCUAGCACUUUUAGCAUAGCUUAGCAUAAUCCAUUGAAUUUGGUUAGACCAUUAGCAUUGCGCUAAAAAAAAUAACCAAAGAGUUUCGAUAUUUUUCCUAUUUAAAACUCGACUCUUCUGUAGUUACAUCGUGUACUAAGACUGAUGGAAAAUUAAAAGUUGCGAUUUUGUAGGGAGAUAUGGCUAGGAACUAUACUCUUAUUCUGGCGUAAUAAUCAGUGACUUUGAUGAUGGAACAUGCCCGAAAAUAGUCCCCUUGGUUACUUUCAAUGGCAGGGGACUAUUUUCGGGCAGUGCGUAAUAUCACUACGCCUGCUGCAGCCAUGUUACAUCAGCAAAGUCCUUGAUUAUUACGCCAGAAUGAGAGUAUAGUUCCUAACCACAUCUGCCUAAAAAAUCACAACUUUUAAUUUUCCGUCGGUCUUGGUUCACGAUGUAACUAAAGAAGAGUCAAGUUUUAAAUAUAAUUUUUUUUUACUCUUUGGUUAUUUUUUAGCGCAAUGCUAAUGGUCUAAUCAGAUUCAAUGGAUUGUGCUAAGCUAUGCUAAAAGUGCUAGCGCCAGACCAGCUGAAUGAAUUUCCAAAACGGUAAGAAUCAAAUAUUUAACUCUAGAGGAGUUGGAAAAUUAGCAUAUUUUCGAAAAAAAGUGGACCUUUAAAGUUGUCCAAAUGAAGUCCUUAGCAACACAUAUUACUAAUAAUAAAUAUAUUUUUGAUGCAUUUAUGGUAGGACAUUAUAAAUAUCUUCAUGCAACAUAAUCUUUACUUAAUAUCCUAAUAAUUUUUGUCAUAAAAGAUCGACAAUUUUGACCCAUUCAAUGUAUUGUUGGCUAUAGCUACAAAUAUACCCGUGCGACAUAUGACUGGUUUUGUGGUCCAGGGUCACAUAUGUGUUCAAUACAACAUUGGUACUGACAGCAUGAAACAUAAUCAGGUUAGCCAAAAUAUGUGCUGAACAAACAUUGACAAGCGCUGUGUUUUGGCUAAAGUUUAUUACCCUUGUGAACUUUUUAUUAUAUGACUGGUGCUAAUAAUUGAGCCACUGACUUGCACCAAAUGCCAAAUUCUUGAGACAUGAUUCACAAAUGUGUAUUUGUGUUCAGAUGUAGAAACGAAUGAAUGGGAAAUACUGUUUUUGUUCCGUUUUGAAACUAAAAUCAUUAAAGAUCUUUCUGCAACAUUCA